GUUUUCCCCAUUGCAAUAAGGUCUCGAUUAUUUGUCAGCAAUUGGGGUUUCAAACUAGGGUCUGAAAUUAGUGUUUUCUGAGGGAGUUGUGUUGGAGUGAAUUAUGGGAACCUUGUUCAUAAACCAGAUUAAAAGGCAGGCGGCAUCUUUUAUUCAAGAGAAAUACAGAACUGCUAGGCUGGCUUUAACUGAUACUACUCCAGCAGAAUUGUUGGCUGAGGAAGCCACAAACUGUGAUCCAAUUGGGCCUGAUGCCAAAACAAUGACUAUAAUAGCUGAGGCAUCCUUUGACAUAGAUGAUUAUUGGAGAAUUGUGGAUGUUCUUCAUAAGAGGUUGUUUACAAUUGAUUGGAAGCAAUGGAGGCAAUCCUACAAAACACUGGUGCUGCUUGAUUUCUUAUUAACUCAUGGCCCUGAAGACUUUGCAGGAGCAUUCCAAUGUGAUAGUGAUGUUAUCGAAGAGCUUGGAACAUUUAGAUAUGUUGAUGAAAAAGGGUUUGAUUGGGGAAUACUGAUGCAAAAGAAAUCAGAAAAGAUAAUAGAUCUCCUCAGGGGAGGGGAAACACUCAAAGAAGCACGUUUCAAAGCUCUCAAAAUAACAAAAGAAAUCCAAGGGUUUGGGAAUUACAUGGCAUCACCUUCAUCCUCUUCAUCUUCUGGGUCGUCAAGAACUUCUUCUUUUGGAUCAUAUUCUACCUCGAGUUCUGCCUGGAACGACAUAGAGCAUGAACUAAACAAAUAUGAACAUCAAUCACCCACAAAGGAUGCCCUAGGAAGCUAUGCUCACGGAGGAAUAUACGAAGACGGCAAGCCUACUACUUUCCAGCAGACUAAUGAGAAAUUUGAAGCAGCGCACCUUUGGGAUUGCACUUCAAUUCAAGAAACAGGCUCUUUACUUGAUUCUGAAGGCGAGGAGGAUGCAAAAAAAGAUGGUUUUAUAAGUGGAAUUUGCUCCAAGCUUGUGGGUAUCAGUCCUUCAAGGACUAACAGUGAGAAAGCCACUUUGAGGAAUUAUUCAGAUGUUGGAAGGGUAACAAAGAAAAAGUUCCAUCGCCAGUUUUCUGUACAGUAGUGGAAUCACAUGGAAAAGCACGUUUGUUAGGGAUCAAAUUAAGUUUCUCUUGUGUUUGAAAUGAGCUUGAUGUGCCUUAAUUGACUACUAAUUAAUGCUGUUGUGCUUGAGCUUUAGUGCAGACACAUUGCCAGAUGAUUCUUAUUCGAUGUUCAUGGCAUGGGAAUGUGUACGUGUUGAGGCGGGAACUGCUGUUACAUUCAUAUACAUUUGCUGUGCAGAAGAUCCCAUAAAUGUAGGAGUGUGCGAGUCAGGGAAGUGUUAAUCCACAAUCGGCUUGAUGCAUGGCCACAUGCAAGAAUCAAUUCCAGUUGUAAAUACUUCUAUUCAUGUUUAGAAAACUCAAGACUGUUGUCAGUUUUAAUCUAUGAAGGCCCCAUUGUUUCCUUUUAGCAUAU